AUGUCCUACACAUUUGACUGGGUUAGCAAGGAUGUGGUCAAAAAGCUUCAAGGAAAAGAUCUGAGGCCUGUCAAACGCCUGUUAGAUGCAACCAAACUCCACCAGUUUGACAUACUUCAGAAGACCCCUCAAUCGUUGUUUUUUAAAUCUGAAGAUACUCCAGUUGGAUAUUCCCUUCUGAACAUCUUGGAGCCCAAUUUUCCUGUUCCAGAGCCUGAAGUGUCAGCUCCCAUUCCCCUCAAACACACCGUAUCCCAGAAACUGAAGGCUAACGUGGAUGUCAAAGCCAUUGCAGAAGGAGGUGCAGCGGCAGAGUUUGUCCAGUCCUGUGGAUAUGACAUCGAAGUUCAGAGUACGAGCAUCCCAGAUUCAAAACUGGAAAGUCUUCAAAACAGGCAAGGUCACUGAGGGAAACUGUUGGAUCAGGAGCCAUCAUUUGUGAAGGAGUGCCGGAUGGGAAGGAAAAACCUGUAUGUGGUGACAGAGGUCUUUGAAGUGACCAAGAGUACCAUGCUGGAAGGCAGCAGCAGUGUCAGCCUUUCAGGCAAAGCGCUCAUCCCCCAGUUUGUCAAGGGUCAAGCCCAGGGACAGUGGCAAAGGGACAGAACGGAUUCAAUACCUAUCCAAAAGGGUGCCGUGUUGGCCUAUAAGAAGAAGCAACUGAUCAUUGAGAAUAACACUUGUGCCAUUCUACUUUCUGCUAAUGCUAAGAAGAAGACCUUUCCAGGCAUAUUGAAUAUGAUACCUAAGUGUGGUUUUGCUGCCCAAAGCAUGAGAAUGGAAGUUCAAAAUUGCUCGUGGGUAAAUGACGUCUCUCCAAUUGGAAGAAUAGAGGAGCCCACCCAUCUAGAUUUCAAGUGCCUACAAAAUGAAGUUUCCCUACAAACAGAGCAACUGGCUAUGCUCUCGAAGGAUGUUCAAGAUGUUGUGUUCUCCAGUCUCCUGCGCAUGCUCAGCGACAGAGAGGUUCUGUAUGACCUGAUGAACAUGCUGGAGUUGGAUCAGUUGGGGCAUAUGGAUGGCCCAGGUGGCAUAAUCCUGGAUGAGCUGAGAAAGGACUCAAGCCCCCCGUGGAUUGACCUAAAGAACCUCAUUCUUUAUCUCCUUCAAGCCCUAAUGGUGCUGAGUGAUACCCAACUCAAUCUGCUGGCCCAAUCUAUGGAGAUGGGGCUCCUUGUGCAGCAACGAGAACUGGUAAAGAGCAUCCUACAGCCAAACUUCAGGUAUCCCUGGAACAUUCCCUUCACACUCCAGCCUCAGCUUCUCGCCCCACUCCAGGGUGAGGGCUUGGCCAUUACUUAUGAAUUGCUGAAGGAGUGUGGUCUGAAGGUGGAGCUGAAUAAUCCCAGGUCAACUUGGGAUUUGGAAGCCAAGAUGCCCCUGUCUGCUCUCUAUGGGAGCCUGUCCUUUUUACAGCAACUUGCAGAAGCCUAA